UCUCAUCUAUAUCGAUUGAUCAACUAUACGUCAAUACGGAGGACAAUAUUUCUUAAUCAAAAUAAAGGCCAUAAUCUUCGUAUCAACUUAUUGCAAUAACUCGAUAUUCCUAUAACAGCUAGAAUCUACCAAACCUGCAUGUUCGUGCGAUAAAAAAAUGACCGACAAGAGUGCUUCCUUACAACCUUUGGUGAAGAUUGGUCACUACAUUUUGGGAGCGACCCUGGGUACGGGAACCUUUGGUAAAGUGAAAAUUGGAGAACACCAGCUCACUAAACAUAAGGUUGCGGUAAAAAUCCUCAAUCGACAAAAAAUCAAAAGCCUAGAUGUAGUUGGCAAGAUUCGCCGUGAAAUCCAGAACCUUAAACUAUUCCGCCAUCCGCACAUCAUCAAGUUGUACCAGGUGAUAUCGACCCCAACCGAUAUAUUCAUGAUUAUGGAAUAUGUUAGCGGAGGCGAGUUAUUUGAUUAUAUUGUAAACAAUGGGAAACUGCAAGAAUCGGAAGCGAGGCGUUUCUUUCAGCAGAUUAUCUCCGGUGUUGAUUACUGUCAUCGGCACAUGAUUGUGCAUCGUGAUUUGAAGCCUGAAAAUUUACUUUUGGAUCACAAUCGUCAUGUUAAAAUUGCCGAUUUUGGGCUGUCAAAUAUGAUGCUCGAUGGCGAGUUUUUGCGCACGUCGUGUGGAUCACCAAAUUAUGCUGCCCCAGAAGUUAUUUCCGGAAAACUAUAUGCUGGUCCUGAGGUGGACAUUUGGUCAUGCGGUGUUAUUUUGUAUGCUUUAUUGUGCGGAACGCUUCCGUUCGACGAUGAACAUGUGCCAACAUUAUUUCGAAAAAUUAAAUCGGGAAUAUUCCCCAUCCCGGAAUAUCUCAACAAGCAAGUUGUGAGCUUACUUUGUCAGAUGUUACAAGUUGAUCCACUGAAAAGAGCAACUGUAGAGGAAAUCAAGAAGCAUGACUGGUUCCAGAAAGAGCUACCAGCUUAUCUUUUCCCGUCUCCGGUAGAGCAAGAUAGUAGCGUUAUUGAUACACAUGCAGUUGCCGAGGUUUGCGAUAAAUUUGGAGUUAAAGAACAAGAAGUACAUAAUGCUUUGCUUAGUGGUGACCCGCAUGAUCAACUAGCAAUAGCGUAUCAUUUAAUCAUCGAUAAUAAACGUAUUGCUGACGAGGCGGCCAAAGCAGAAUUGAAAGAUUUCUAUGUGGCCGGCAGUCCGCCACCAGCGCCAGUGGCACAUCAUGUUGAAAAACACACUUCAAUAAAUGAUACAUUUAAGUCACCUCCUAUACAUCCUGAACGAAUUGCCCCGCUACGUGAUCGAGCAGCGGCUACCAUGGGUGCACCUGUGCCAUCGCCUAGCAUAACUCCAUCAGCUGUACCAAUUGACAAGCAUCGUGGAACACCUGUGAAACGAGCAAAAUGGCACCUGGGCAUAAGAUCGCAAUCGAAGCCGAACGACAUAAUGCUUGAGGUGUAUCGUGCGAUGAAAGCACUUGACUUUGAAUGGAAAAUAAUCAAUCCGUAUCAUGUGCGAGUCCGGAAGUACAACAUCAGGAACGACAAAUACGUCAAAAUGUCUUUGCAACUGUAUCAAGUGGAUGCAAAGAGCUACUUGUUAGAUUUCAAAUCAUUAACCAACGACGAGGUUGAGCAAGGUGAUGAUGUUAUAAUGGAAAGUCUAACGCCUCCUCCACCGAUUGGAUUCGGCGGUAUGGGAGUGCCCGCGCAGCCUACCGGUCAUCACACGAUGGAAUUCUUUGAAAUGUGCGCUGCUUUAAUAAUACAACUGGCUCGUUAAUUUGUUUCCGCGCGGUGAUGUUGGAGUCGCUUCCCCCCUCUUAGCUUUUGAUCAGUGCGAAGUAGUUGAAGGUUUUGUCAUCAUAGUCAUUAUAAAUAAAAAUCCUAUUGAUGUAUAUAUCAAUUAAUAAAGCGUUUUAAAUUAAAAUUUGGCUAUUCUAUAA